ACUACUUAUUGGCCAAGUGUUUUCCUUCGGAUGAUGUUUUGGGAGCAAUUGUAGGGGAACAGCUACCCUUUCAUAAGGAAUUGUAUACAUUUAUAUCAUUCAUUAAUAUUUUAUAAAGAUGGAGGACCAAGAAAUGCAAUUGAAAGUAAAAAGAGUGAGUGAUAAAUUCACCGAGAGCAUGUAUGUGUUGGCCAAUGAGCCGUCGAUAGCGCUUUACAGGUUACAAGAGCACGUCAGGAGAUCCCUGCCAGAGCUCGUACAACACAAGACAGACAUGCAGAGUUGGGAGGAACAAAGUCAGGGAGCAAUCUACACUGUUGAAUAUGCAUGCAGUGCGGUGAAAAGCAUGACAAAUAGUAGUCUCUAUUUCAAGAACAUAGACGGUCUGCUCAGGCAAGCCAUUUCACUGAAGGAACAGAUCGGCAGCUCGCAGGGUCGAAGAAAAAGAGCUUUGGAUCCUGGCAUGCUUAAGGAUGGAGGAGAAAAGCAUAGCUCUGGGAUAUAAACUGAUGAAGACCUGAACGAUAGACUAUAUUCACUUGGUGUCACCACUUCAUAUUGAUAAAGAUUGCUAUUUUAAAGUAUGGAAGCCCAUUUCCACAUCCAAAUUAAAAAAUAAAAA